CCGAAUAGCAUGACUGAAUUUCGCAUCAAUAAUACCAAUAAUAUUAGUUAACCAGCAAAGGUAGUUGAAAUACUAUUUCACUGAUAUUUUUAUCUUAUAAAUAUUUUACAUAUGCCCGUUGUCCUGCACAAGGACGCUGCCCAAAAGGGUGCAUGUAAGUCGUAUCGCCACUUGGGGACUAUCUGCAGCCAAUUGAAACAGAAAACAAAAUACUCUUUCAUCCAUACAGCUAGAACCCCCAAAUAGCCGAUUUAGCCAAACUACGACAUCAGAAAGCAACUUGGCGCAACAUCUACGGAGAUACGGGACUUAACAACAUCCUGCUUUCUAAGCUGCCGUGAAUCGGCCAGCCAUAGUGACAUCAGCGGGGUAGACUAACCAACAAUAUUAAGGCGUGCUUCCCCGCUUGACCUUUAGCCAAAGUCCAGUCUCUACAAAUCAAUUCUUUCAAUUUAAGCCAGUACAGUAAUCCAUUCAUAAUGCCUCUUGUCGCCAAUCAGGUCGGUGAUCGCAUCAUCCUGGGUCUCAUGACCUUUGGCCCUGAUGAGACCAAGGGAGCCCGCAUCUUUGACCAAGAGACCUUUGGCAAGGCCCUCGACGUCUUUCAAAGCAGAGGAUACAACGAAGUAGACACUGCACGCAUCUACGUCGGAGGCGCACAGGAAGCACACACUGCUGCGGCUAACUGGAAGGACAGAGGACUUACUCUGGCCACCAAGGUCAAGUACCCCGCCAACCACGGCGACAACAGCGCUGCGAAUGUCAUUGAAUCUGUUGAGACCAGCUUGAAGGAGCUUGGCACCGACUGUGUUGAUCUACUCUAUCUCCACCGACCUGACCGUGGCACCCCCUUUGCCGAGACUCUCGAGGCCAUCGAUAAGCUUCACAAGGCCGGCAAGUUUGUCAACUUUGGCGUCAGCAACUUUACUGCCUACGAGCUUGCCGAAGUGGUCACAAUCUGCAAAUACAACAACUGGGUGCGUCCCACGGUCUUUCAGGCAAUGUACAACGUCAUCACUCGCAACAUUGAGCCUGAGCUUAUGGUCGCCUGCCGCCGUUACGGACUCGAUAUUGUCGUUUACAACCCUAUUGCCGGUGGCCUCUUCUCAGGCAAGAUCAAGUCCAAGGAUAUCGUUCCCGAGACUGGCCGCUUCUCCGACGUGGCUGUUACCGGCACGCUCAACCGAAACCGCUACUUCCGUGAGGGAACGUUCAAGGCGCUGCAAAUUGUCGAACAGGCUGCCGAGAAGCACGGCCUUACCACCAUCGAAACCGCUCUUCGCUGGCUGGUUCACCACUCCGGCCUCAAGAUUAAGAACGGCCGCGACGGCAUCAUUAUUGGUGUUUCCAACGUCGGCCAGCUUGAAGAUAACCUGACCAACCUUGAGAAGGGUCCUCUGCCUGAAGAGGUUGUUACUGCUCUUGAUGAGGCUUGGGCUGUGUCCAAGGGCGACUCGACCAACUACUGGCACGGCGACCUCGAGUAUGGUUACGAUACGCGACAGCUGUUCGCCCAAGGAGCCAAAUAAAGAACGACGGAUGGCUGACUCAUUCUGCGGCUGAGAAUGAAAGACGUUGAAAAAAAAGAGACGCUUGAAUCUGUUGUAUGAUGUGGCCGCAUAAGGCACAAGCUGUGUAGAUAGCAAUCUGUUUAGCAUCAUCAUCCGCCACACUACUGCGUGACAAGAUAGCAAACCACGUUAAAAACAAAAUAAUUCUGCUAAAAAUCAACCGCCACUUUGAAAUCAUCCAGCCCGUGUGCCUCGUUCGCUGCGUCUCAGCCUCUCGCAGCCACAGCCGUCAUUCGCUGCACGCGGGCUGCUGAGAUGCAUUGCAUAAUCCAUCACAUGAGGAGCCUGCCACUAGAGACUAUCGCGCAAAAAGCAGCAGAUUGAGUAUCAGAUGAGACAGCGGGAGCGGGAGUGACACCAUCACGAUGGCCCGCGGUUCACUUUUAGGCGCAUCAUCAGCGUAAUAAAC